AUGGCUGAAGCUGAAGUUCUUUAUAAUAUUAAGUCCACAAGAGCGAGGGGAAACACAGAUGUGGCCACACCCUCUACAGAUGAGGACACUUAUUGCAACAUCAAUUACUCGAAAACUCAGCGACCUGUGGCCACACCCUCUACAGAUGAGGACACUUAUUGCAACAUCAAUUACUCGAAAACUCAGCGACCUGCAUCAAGCAGGCGAUCGGGGGUCACAUCGGAGCGAGUGGUCCUGCUGGUCCUCAGUGUUCUCCUGGCAGCUGCCAUCAUAGCUCUUGGUGUAACCCUUUCUGAAAACACUCAAACCAAGAAGAGUCUCCAAAAGCUUGAAGAUGUGGCUGAACAUCUUUCAGGAAUACUCAGUAAGACAGAGCUGUGCAAAGUGGAGCAGCCAGGUAAACCUCCUUCAGUAAGAAAUGAAACAUGUCCGAGGUGCGAGGACGACUGGGAGCCACACGGGGGAAAGUGUUACUUCUUCUCCUCGUUAACUUCAUCCUGGACUCAGAGUAGAACACAAUGCACAUCAAUGAGUGGAGACCUGGUUGUGGUAAACAGCAGAGAGGAGCAGAGAUUCCUGGCGUCUAGAGUGAGAGGAAAAAUGGAAACACCUAAGGACUUGUUCUGGAUCGGACUGACAGACUCAAAGAAAGAGGGUGAAUGGAUUUGGUUGGACAACACAAAACUGCAUCCAAGUUUGACGUUUUGGCGUGAGGGCGAGCCAAACAACCAGAAAUGGUCGAAUCCUGAUGGACAGGACUGUGUGAGGAUGGGGGAGAAAGAAGGAGCCACGGACAUGAAGUCCUGGGACGAUCAAUUUUGCGAAUGGGCUCAAAAAAGUAUUUGUGAGAAACCAGAAAAAGCAUGUGGCUGA